GUUCUAAACAAUUACGGUCACGGGGUGCAUCGUUCGCGGUCGGUUACGAGGUGAUUUUGAUUUAAGGAGUAGAGAAAUCGUUGCGAAUAUUUUCUAUAGAUUUAAUAAAAAUAAAAAAAAGAUUACUUCUAUAAUUUCGUCGUUGAUAACGAUAAGAGAGAAAAAGGAAAAAAAAGGGGAAAAAAAAAGAAGAAAAAGAAAAAUAAGAAACGUAGAAGGAGAAGUUUUAUCGUAUUACGUUAUCGGAGUUAAAACUACGUUUUCUUUUCACGUAAGCUGAUGUCUUUCGUCAGCUCGUAUGAUAGCAUCCUAGUGGCGAAAUAAAAAAGCAACGACCGUACGGGAGGUAGCUGGCCAUCUUGGAAAACAGAUAUGGUUGUAUCGAGAGAAACGUCAACAGAAUUGUGUUUACUUCGUACGAUACAUGCCGCGAGAGGUGUCUUAGUUUAAUUACAUUUAUAAUAGACUUAGCUUAAUCGCACGGAAGUGAGACCGACACGGUGGCGUAUCUGACACGCGGACGUUAUCGCAAAAGGUGCGUAACUUUGCUUCCGAAGGAUGAAUCGAGGUGACGGAUUGGUGCAGAGAAGACGAGUGGUUAACAGUAGCAGCAGCAGCAGUGGAUUCGGCCAGGAUGGUUCCAAUGAACUUGGUCAUAAUGACAAGUUGUCUGGUAACAGUAUGGACACCGACUGUUCAUCUCAAAAAGAUUUAAAUUCUAAUCCUACGAUAGACGAUGAUUCUGAUAAAGAAACCAGAUUGACUCUUAUGGAAGAGGUUUUACUCCUUGGUCUUAAGGACAAGGAGGGUUAUACUUCGUUUUGGAACGAUUGCAUAAGCUCAGGCCUACGUGGAUGUAUCUUGGCCGAACUUGGAUUUCGUGGUCGUGUAGAAUUAGAAAAAGCUGGAAUGCGUAAGAAAGGAUUGUUAUCAAGGAAAUUACUCUUAAAGAAUGACGCACCUACUGGAGACGUCUUACUGGAUGAAGCGUUGAAACAUUUAAAAGAUACAGAUCCUCCAGAGACAGUUCCAAGUUGGAUAGAAUAUUUAAGUGGUGAAACGUGGAAUCCUUUGAAGCUACGUUAUCAGUUAAAAAAUGUUAGAGAGAGAUUAGCCAAAAAUCUUGUAGAAAAGGGUGUGUUAACUACAGAAAAACAAAACUUCUUACUCUUUGAUAUGACAACUCAUCCUCUUACUGAUAACCUUGCCAAAAGUCGUCUUGUUAAAAAGAUUCAGGAGGCUGUGUUAGGUCGUUGGGUAAAUGAUGCAGGUCGUAUGGAUAGGCGGACGUUAGCAUUAGUGAUCCUAGCCCAUGCGGCUGAUGUAUUAGAGAAUGCAUUUGCACCUCUUUGCGAUGACGAUUACGAAGUAGCAAUGCGCCGAGUUCGAACUUUAUUGGAUCUAGAUUUUGAAGCUGAAGCUGCUAAACCUAAUGCCAAUCCCGUAUUAUGGGCUGUAUUUGCCGCAUUCACUAAGUAACACAGUUUUCAUAAAUUAAAAGUGUAACUUAUGAACGUUGGAUAAUAGUGUGAACAGUGGGAUUACCAAUUUUGCAUGUAUUUCAGUUGUAUACUUAAAAGAAAUAGUUACAAGAUCAUUGUUACGAUCAUAUGAUUCAGACCAAAUAACAUAUAGUUGACUGCAUGAAAAGCAGCGUUAGGAUAUAUUAGUCAUUUUCAUUAUUAUUUAAUAUCUUUGAUAACUGAACUGUAUAUAAGUUCAGAUUGGUGACAUCGUAAAGUAACGAAAUUCCGUGUGUGAAUGUGCACUUCGAGUGUGAUUUAGUGCCAUGUAGGGUUUGAUAAAAAAAAAAAUUCUCAUCGUACAGAAUUUUAUGAAAUAUUUAUUAUCUGCAUCUGUAUAGAAUCCUUCACGUAUAAUAUUUGUAGAUACAGCCUUAUACGGCAAACUGUAUCUCUCAUGUUAUUUGCUACAUCAUUGAUGACUGUUGCUUAAAAAUAAAAGACAAUAUAAGAGGCAGUAUAGCAAAUUGGAAAUAUUAUAACAUUAUGUUCUAAUCGCUAGUGCCCCUCCCUACGGGCGUCUAUAUUGCAUUUGGAUAUAUCUUAUAAUGACAUUCUUUUCAAAUUGAAGCACAGAUUGAUAAGAUUCACUGGGUGGCAGUAAAGUAAUUAAUUUUUGACGUCUAUGACCUGCAUUAUAGAAUUUUAUAAAAAAUAUUCCUUUCGAUGCUUUAAAUAUUUUAUAUAUUUCGCAUUAAUCAAUAAUUUUUUUCUAGUAUAUUUAAUGGAAUACUUCCUUUAUAUUUGAAUUUUAUAGAGAAAGCACAAAUAUAUAAAACAUUGAUCUAUUUACUUUCAU